GAACCAUUGUAAAGUAUUUUGUUCUCCUUGUACAAAACCAUUACUGUUUUUGCAAACCCUUCAUACAAAACAUCUUUUUGUAAAGAAGAUUUUCUACAACCUAAAAGCAUGAAAGACUGUUCAAAAACAUAGCGUAUUCCUCUCAGCCAUCUGACUGUACCGAAUCAAGCUUUUGUGGCAGCUGAAGAGCAGCUGUUGGGAUGCCGAAGAAGUUCCAGGGCGAGAACUCCAAGGCGGCCACAGCCAGAGCCCGCAAGGCUGAGGCCAAGGCAGUGGCAGACGCCCGCAAAAAGCAGCAGGAAGAGGACGCUCUGUGGCAGGAAACUGACAAACAUGUACUCAAAAAAGAGCAGAGAAAGGACGACAAGGAGAAGAAGAGGCUUGAGCUUCUGGAGAGGAAAAAGGAAAACCAGCGACUUCUGGAUGAGGAGAGUGCUAGGCUGAGAGGCAAAUCCCAGAAGGAGGCUGGAUCUGGAGGAAAAGUGACUCGUGCCCAGAUCGAGGAGGCACUUGAGAACGAGCAACAGCAACAGGAGCAGGAGCAGCUCAAGCCAAAAGAAAAGAGCCACCUGGAGACUCCACUGGAGGAGAACGUGAACAGAAUUAUCCCAGAUGAGGGAAGCGUGGAAGCCAGAACAAUAGAAGAUGCCAUUGCUGUGCUCAGCACGGGGCCUGAGGACCUGGACCACCACCCGGAGCGGAGGAUGAAAGCAGCGUUUGCUGCCUAUGAGGAGGCCAACAUGCCUCGCCUAAAAAAGGAGAACCCCAACAUGAGGUUGUCGCAGCUGAAGCAACAGUUGAAGAAGGAGUGGAUGAAGUCACCAGAGAACCCCCUGAAUCAACGCUUUGCCACCUACAACUUAAAGUGAAUGCACUCCCCCCCCCCCCCCCAUAACUCCAUUUGAAAAACGUCUGCCUAUGUACAUUGGAGACUUCCAUUGAAAAAUGUAAUAAUUUCAUCUAAAUAUGAGUGUUGCUGACGAGAGCUUCUACACUACCUGCCCAGAAACAAUCUCUUCAAUGCCAGAGGACUCGGCUUUGUUGUUCCAUUAAUUAGUAGGGAGAAGCUCAUUUUCUCCUAUCAAGGUCACAACUGAUCAUCAUGUCUGUGCACAUGGCCUAAUGAGGCACUUCAGCAUCGAAUAAAUUUAAUUACUUUUUUUUCCUAGCACUUCUGGGGAGGUGGGAAGCCAGAUGUUUUGAGAGUAACUUAUUAAAGUUCACCACUCGAUCAUCAA